ACGAACUCAGCAGCUAAUCUUCGUGUACGUCUGUACUACAUGUAAUGCUAUACAGAAAUAUAAGAGAAAUCAGAAAAACGACUAUGGCAGGAAUAACGGAUGUUUUUAAAAUCGUUUGUGACCUGCUUACUCUCAUGGGACAUGAAAUCUCAUUCGUUUUUACAAGACGUUCACCUGAGCAAGCCCGGAUCAUGACCUGUAACAGCUAGAGAAAGACUCAGAAGACAUCUUUUCUGAAAUGGAGAACACAAACAUCACUCACUUGGCAGCUGUCUUUGUGAACCCUCAUAAUCGAGUGCCCAUUCUUGAUGUGCAUGACUCUCUAGACGCAGACUUCUAUGACAUGGACUAUGGCGUUCCUGCUGAUGAGAUGCCUGACACCACACAGGGGUUGGCAUAUUUCGUUGGCACCAUUGUCAUAGGAGUGGUCCUCAUCUGUAUCAUGCUAGUGUGUGGCUUUGGCAACUUCCUGUUUAUCGCCACUCUGGCCCGGUACAAAAAACUCAGGAACCUUACUAAUUUACUCAUCGCUAACCUGGCCAUCUCCGACUUCAUCGUGGCUGUGGUCUGCUGCCCUUUCCUGGUGGAUUACUAUGUAGUCAAACAGCUCUCCUGGGAUCAUGGGAAGGUGUUGUGUGCCUCUGUCAACUACCUCAGGACCAUGUCUCUGUAUGUGUCUACAAACGCCUUACUGGCCAUCGCUGUUGACAGGUAUAUGGCCAUCGUUCAUCCGUUGAGGCCCAGAAUGAAGUACCAGACGGCAUACUUCCUCAUAACCGGUGUAUGGAUCGUUCCAGUGCUCAUUUCCAUACCCUCUGCUUACUUUGCCUCUGCGACCAAGGUUCCUAACGGAGCCAACCACAGCAAAACCUUCUGCGCCCAGAUUUGGACUGUGGACCAACAGCUAUAUUACCGUUCCUAUUUCUUGUUCAUCUUUGCCGUAGAGUUUGUCGGCCCGGUGCUCACAAUGGCCUUGUGCUACGUGCAAAUCUCCAGGGAACUCUGGUUCAAGAGCGUUCCAGGUUUCCAGACGGAGCAGAUCCGCAAGCGGCUACGUUGUCGCAGGAAGACGGUCAUGGUUCUCAUCGGAAUUCUGACGGCUUACAUCCUCUGCUGGGCUCCGUACUACGGCUACACAAUCUUGCGUGAUUUUCACCCAACGCUCAUCUCCAGAGAGAAGAACUCUCUGGUGGCUUUCUACAUCAUCGAGUGCAUCGCCAUGAGCAACAGUAUGAUCAACACUUUCUGCUUCGUCAGUGUGAAGAACAACACUGUGAAGUAUUUCAAGAGGAUCGUCCUCCUACGAUGGAAGUCCACCUACACGUCCAGAAAGACUGUGGAUGAGACAGACAUAAACCCCAAUCUUAGUGAAUGUAAAAAGGGAGUUGAACUGAGCGGAUUUCAUGUCACCCACAUUACAGAUGAUUAA